ACCCAAUAUCUCUCUCCAUAUCGAACCUCAAGACUGGCACAAAACAAUGUCGCUCGAAAUUUCCUCCGACUUUUAAUUCAUUUAACUUUAUGCAGAAUCGCCACUGCAACACACUCAGCACCUUCUGCCUACUUGUAUAGGCUCUAAGCCACCCAUAAUCCCGUAAUGGAAGACGACGCCCCAAACUUCUCCUAUGCCUACGGUGGCGCGCCCUCGACCCCCACAACCGCAUCGUGGAAUCCCGCGUUGCGCAACGAGAAGGACGUCAGCAGCCCGCCAGUUAGCAGUCCGCCCGUGAUCGAGAAACCCCAGACAAAGCCCGAGGCCCAUCCAUCGUCGGAGGAGGAGGAGGAGGAGAGCGAAGAGGAAGAAGAGGAUGAUGACGAGGAAUCAGGCGAGGAGGAGAGCGAAGAUGAGGACGAGGCCGAGGCACCGCUGACCGACGAGGCUUCAGCACACAACAAUGCCUCUCACGUACCGCAUAUCACACAACAGCCUCAAGUGCUACAGCCCCAGGAGGGUGAAGCAGAAGUUGCGAAAAAGGAGGAUCUGGUCAGCGCAAUAGAGGCGCUCGACAUAAUGGAGGCGGAAGCUGCACCGCAACCGACACCCGCGCCCGUAUCCGCACCCGCGCCCGCGCCUGCGCCUGCACUUGCACCCAUACCCGCUCAGCAUGAAUCAAGCGAAGAGGAUGCGUCAGACGGGGAAGAGAGCGAGGAGGAAAGUUCAGAAGAGGAGGCGGCGGCGGCGGCGGCGCAUGAGGAACAUCCGGAGGAGAACUAUGAGCAUCAGGGGGAAAGUACAGCUCUGGAAGACGCCAUGACGGAGAGUGUAAAAGUGCCUCUUGUAGCAGACACGGAAGCGGAUGAAUGGGGCGCUUCAGGCGACGACGCAUUCGAUCUCGGCGUAGGGCAACAAGAAACACCUUUAGAGACACCUCUGGCUGAGGCUGUUGGGACGACAGUAGGAGAUGACGCCAUCGGGAAUACCACAGUAGGCGGCAACACAGGAGCCGACAUUGACUGGGGGAAUACAGAAGGCCAGGACGACUUCUUCGGCGUAAUCGCGAGUGCUAGCCAGCAAAUCGAACCCGCACAGCCCAAUGACCAAAGUCCGGGCGCGCAUAUAGUGGAAACUGGAACAAAGGCCCCCGAGAAGAGUGAAUGGGACUUGGAUCUGGAUCUGGACGAUGACUUUUUACCCGACAAGGAAGAGACACCGGCCUUUGAAUUGAGCGACGAUGAAGGCUUCCUCGACGAGGAACCUGCUAUGCCGGCGCAGCAGCCAGUACAGCCAACUCCCACAGUGACUUCGUCAAGAUAUGCGCCGCAAGUUACAGGUCCAAUAUCAUCUCCAGCCCCUGUUGCAAACCCGUACGCAUCUCCAGCACAACAAAUGCCUGCGGUUGCACCGGCCUAUAAUGGUUUCGGUCAAAAUGUCGUGUAUCAACAACAGCAGCCCCGACCUCCAAUGGCGAACUCGGCACAGAGUUUUGUAGACAAGUCCAAAGGAGGCUACGCUUCACCCUAUGACCUACCGGAAGAUAUCAUUACUACCCGCAAACGACCGGCACCUCGAACGACAGUCUCAGCUGUACAACCCACCCCUCCACCUCCGCGCACCAGCAGUGUCAACUCCAACACUGGACCCCCGCGGCCUCCUUUUUCGUCGAGCAUGUCCGUGUCCAGCCUGUCUCCUCCGUCUUCUGGUCAAUCUAUGCGAGCACAGAUGACUGGCAUGCCUCCAGUUGCGCCACCAAAACCCGCAUCAACAUCAAAGUCGCCUUCAAGCGAUUUCUUCGCCGAGUUGCCUGUGACGACUAAGCCACGGCCUUCAGGGCGUUACACUCCACAGCCGAAUGUGCCUGUCCAGCCUGUCCAGCCUCCACCUCAUCAGGCUCCGCCCCACCAAACGCCGCCCCAGAUGCCUCCAGUCCACCAUCCUCAAAUGGCACAGAAAGAACGCACAGCUUCCUGGUCGUCUUUGAGGAACGAGAUUCUUCCUGAUGCAAGCAAUGUUGCCACGCCUCCUCCGUUCAGACAACCUGAGCAAUUACCCAUGUUUCCUACCCAGCCGUCCGUACCUACGCGGACCAACAGCCUUCCUGUACCUCAGCCUGUAUCUGCACCGACUACAAGUAGAUACUCACCUGCUCCUCCUCCAUCAGGGCCAGCUGCCAAUGCGCGAUACUCCCCGGCAUCUCCAAGUGCACCAAGUGCACCAGCUGCUCCUGCAGCAAAUUCAAGAUACUCACCUGCACCGCCACAACCAGGACAGCCUCAUGCUAGGUACUCAUCCGAACCACUCAACAACUUGACGCGGACUACAUCGCAGCCGUUUGCACCCAGAACUUCAAGUCCAUUAGCGUUUCAUAGCGUGCCACAACAACAGGGCCAGGCACCUGAAACCUACGUCCAGCAUGCACCGAACCACCAGGUUUCACAGUCUGCUGAUGGCAUAUCUCGGCCCCCAGCCAGGAGUCCGCUGGGAGAGGUCAGCGAGAUUGAGGAGCCAGAGCCAGAGCCAACCUUGAGCUCACGACCGCCAACGUCGGGAAGAUCAGAAACUCCUCCCCCUCCGCGAAGUGCAGCUUCAUCGUUAGUCAGCUCACCACGAAAGAGAGACGCCUACACACCACGUUAUCAGCCAGUGCAACCAGCGGUUCCACAACGCUCCCAGUCUCAGUCUCCAACAUCGACUAUGAAGCAACCCGUGCGUAGUCUAAGUACCUCGGACCACGCCGGAUAUGGUAUGAUGCCACCUACAAUGGGCUAUGGCACGUCCCUUGCGGUGUCUAACACUGCCAAUGUCAUUCCUCAACGCCGCCAGGUAUCCGCGACCUACGAUUUCAUCCUCCCCGAAGACGAACGUGCGAGUGAUCCGCUUGAAAGAUGGAAAGGGCAUCCCGUGUUUACUUGGGGGUUAGGUGGUAACGUUGUGACGAGCUUCCCGAAGCAAAUUCCUCGAUACGGUGGGGGAGGCUCAGCACCAAUGAUGAAGAGCAACCCCGGCGAGAUCAACAUUCAGAGCAUCAAGGAGGUCCUCCCUCUACCAGAAGACGUUGCCAAGUUUCCAGGGCCGCUCAAGGCCAAGGGCAAGAAAAAGGACGUUUCUGCCUGGUUAGGUCGCAAGAUCGAAACACUAGACAGCCAGUCCAAGGCACCCGGGCUUGAGCAUUCGCUCAGUGAAGACGAGAUCAAACGCCUUGAGGACAGAACUCUUUUAUGGAAGCUCAUGCAGGUACUGAUUGACAACGAUGGCAAGUUGGAAGGUAUACCUGCCGAAGCUGCUGUCAAGAAGCUACUGUCGCCAGUAGUUGAUGACCCUACCGAUGCGGAAGGCUCAUAUUCGAGUGGUGCAGACAUCGUCGGGCGGUCGAGAACUAACACUUUGAACGGCCAAGCAGAACCCUCGGAUCCGCGAGUGGUGGAAGAUCUACAAAGUAUGCUUAUCAAGGGUGAUCGUGAGAAGGCCGUCUGGCAUGCUGUCGACCAUCGAUUAUGGGGCCAUGCCAUGCUACUCUCCUCGACUCUUAGCAAGGACACAUGGAAGCAAGUCGUCCAAGAGUUCGUUCGCAAAGAAGUUAAGAAAGUUGGACGUAGCAACCAGGCGUUGGCUGUUUUGUACGAGGUCUUUGCUGGGAAUCACGAGGACUGUAUCGAUGAACUAGUGCCGGCAUCAGCUCGUGCCGGAUUCCAAAUGGUGAGUGCUGAUGGCGCCGGAGCACCGCAGAACGCACUCCAAGGGUUGGAUAAAUGGCGCGAGACGGUCGCUUUGAUUCUCAACAACCGGAGUGAGGGAGACGCUUAUGCACUACUGUCCCUCGGAAAGCUUCUAGGUCAGUACGGCCGCAUCGAAGCUGCGCACAUCUGCUUCAUUUUUGCCCGCGCUGUUGUCAAAGUUGGCGGAGUCGAUGACCCACUAGCCAACCUUGUGCUUUUAGGCGCUGACCAUCACUUGCACCCCCUGGAGAUGGGCAUCGAACUUGAGCCAAUACUGUUGACGGAGGUUUACGAGUUUGCGCUUUCUUUGUCAUCACCAACUGGUUCCUAUGUGAUCCCUCACUUGCAGAAUUACAAGCUUGCGCAUGCGUAUCAAUUGGCGGAGAAUGGGCACAGGACGGAUGCGCAGGCAUACUGCGAUGCUAUCGCGGCGGCUAUGAAGGCAACCACAACUAUCUCACCUUACUACAACGCGGCUUUCAUUACUAGUCUGGAAGACUUGAGCAAACGACUUUCGCAGUCUCCCAAGGACGGCUCGUCGUCGUGGAUCUCCAAGCCAAGCAUGGACAAAGUGGGAAGCUCGCUGCUUUCAAAGUUCAACAGCUUUAUCGCAGGAGAAGACGACGACGCGUCUGGAAACAAGUCGGGUGGGACAGAGGCCGGACCUUUUGCUAAGAUCGCCGGUGACAGCCCGGCCCUCACGCCUUCACAGUCAAAUGCGGAUCUCUAUGGCGCCAUGUCGGGCUAUGGUGUACCUGCGCAGCCAGCUGCCCCUGGCAAUUCAAGGUAUGCACCGUCGAAUGCAUAUGCGCCGAGGUCAUCUUCAGAGCAACAACGGUCUCGUUACGAACCCCAGGGUCGACCAUCGAUGGAGUCCAACGACAGCGUCGGCAUGAGAGCGGUUUCGGAUAACUACAUGCCCAUGACUCCAAACUCUGGCCCGUACAGCCCAAGAGAGGCGCAAUUGAGUCCUCCGAGCGCCCGCACAUUGGCCAAAGCACAGUCGUACUCACCGCUUCGUCCAGAGUACAUGCCAACUCAGCCAUCUUAUGGUAGCCUUUACAUGGCCACUCCUUCUAGUGGACAUUCGCCAUUGGCACCUGCAUUUAAUGGCUAUCAGCCCCAGGCGAACUCUGAAGAACCAGCGGAGCCAGCAGGUCCAACAUCGAAUGAGCAGACGUAUGGCCGAUACGGACCUUCUUCAAGCACAUUCGAUGCUCCUGGAUACCAGCCUUAUGUGCCCGACGAGGAUGACAAGGAAGAGGAACAACCAAAGAAGAAGAAGUCUUUCAUGGACGACGACGACGACGAUGACGACUUGGCCGCUCGUGCCUCCGCUCUGAAGAUCAGCGGAGGCAACAGCAGCUCCAAGUCUGAAGCAGACCGAAAAGCAGACGAGGCCUUCCGUAAAGCCGCUGAAGCAGAUGCCCAGCGCGACAAGGAAGCAGCCACUGCAAAGAAGGGCGGCUGGCUUUCCGGUUGGUUCAAGAAAGACCCCAACGCGGGCCCUGGACCCAUCAAGGCCAAGCUUGGAGAAGAAAACAGCUUCUACUUCGAUCCGGAGCUCAAAAAGUGGGUCAACAAGAAGGGCGGUGCUACAGACACGGGUAAGCCCGCUGCUACACCCCCGCCACCACGCGCUGGUCCCCCCGGCGGCGCUGCUCGCAGUAUCUCUGGUACUUCGUCCAUGGGACCUCCCGGCGCAGGUGCUUUGCGUCCACCCACUUCCAACCCGCGCGCUUCGUCGUUGCCGCCCCCUCUGAACUCUGCUGGCUCCCGCGCGUCUACGCCGGGUAUACAGGAGUCGGAUGAAGAGGGCCUUGUGGGACCCAGACCACCUACUCUGCCACGCCCUAGCUUUGGAGCAGCGUCUGGUCCGCCGUCUCGGCCGGGUACCGGUAUGAGCAAUGCUAGUAGCAUUGAUGACUUGCUGGGUGCGCCGCAGGCGAGAAAGGGACCCGGUCCGAAGAAGAAGAAGGGAGGGCGAUAUGUUGAUGUACUGAAAAAAGAGGGAUAG